AUGAGAAUAUCAUCCAACAAGAUCAUAUUUUGUGCGUCAAAUUCUUUAUCUUAUCCAUGGAAGAUUCGUCCAAAGAGCUUAUUUAAUUGGAAUUUUGGAAACAGCAAGGCAGAGCCUUUUUACCAUGAUGACGUUGAUCUUCAAUUCCCAUCUUCUCUUCUCAGCAAAACAUUCUUGAAAGGUAGAGAACUGAAAUGCUGCUACAAGGCCAGCCUUGAUGGAUUUAGUGCUACUGAAUUCCACAAGUGUUGUGACUUCAAAGGACCAUGUGUUAUAAUUGGGUACACAAACAAGUCCUUCAAAUUUGGGGCAUUUAAUCCUGAAGGGUAUAGAAGUACUGAUGAUUAUUAUUAUACAUUUGAUGCCUAUCUCUUUUACUGGGCACUGGAAAAUGAUCAAAAUGAACCUACUUUUGAUGCCUUUCUCUUUUACUGGGCACUGGAAAAUGAUCAAAAUGAACCUUAUGUCCUACCCAAAAUAGGGGGCAGUGGUGCUGCCCUUUUUGAUUAUGCUAGAGGAGGGCCUCAAUUUGGAGCAGAUGGAUUGCUUAUUGGACCCCCAUUGGCUCCAGUUAUGGGUGGAUUUGCAGGGCCUGAUACGAAUUCGGGGAUUGGUGUUUUGAGUGAAGCUAAGUCUAGAUUGGGACUUUCUUAUGCUAAAAGGGAAGAUGGGAAGAAAUCCUUAUUUGGGGAUGAGAGUAGGGCUGUUGUUGAUGAAGCACAUUUUCAGGCACUUCAGGCACAGAAGGCAGCACCGUGUGCAAGCUAUAUCAGGCAUCUUAAGGUUUUUCUAGAACCUUGUGUAGGCCAUGUCGGCAUCACAGGAUUUUUCCGGGCACAGUGUGCAUGCCAUGGCAGGGACGCAGGCACACGAAGGCAGCAACGUGUACAGGCCGUGACUAGGACGCAAGCACAUUUUCAGCCGCUUCAGGCGCGAAGGCAGCAUCGUAUGCAAGCCAUAUCAGGCAUCUUAAAGUUUUUUUCAGGCACUUUCAGGAACCUUGUGCAGGCCAUGUCAGGCAUCAUGAGAUUUUUUCAUGCAUGGUGUACAAGUCAUGGCAGGGACGCAGGCACACGAGCAGGGAUGCAGGCACACGAAGGCAACACCGUGUGCAAGCCAUAUCAAGCAUCUUAA